AUGAUAUUGAAAUUAUUAUUAUUUUAAAUAACACUUGGGAUUAUUACAUAUGAUUCAUCAGAGUAUAGAGCCUUUGAAUAUUAAACAUCAGGAUUUGUUUGCUAAAAUGGAUUUACAUAAACUGCCACUAUUCUUUUUUCAGAUACAUUUGCAAAUAUUCCUUAACUAAUUAUUUUUCCAUUUUCACAAGAUUAUACUUCUGUUGGUUCUAAUCAAUUAAUAAUAAUGCUUGAAAUUUUAGGUAUCACUUUAACAGGUAUUUGAUAAAAUUAUGUAGAUUUUACAUUAAAAAUAACUUGUCCUAGUAAUAAAGUGAAUUCUCAUAGGAUUUAUUGGUAUGCCAUUGAUGAUGCACGUAUUGAAGUAAUCACUGAGGCAAAUGCAAAUUUAAUUGCUUCUAAAUAAUAUCCAAUUUAAAAUCCAAACACAAAAAAAGCAAUUGCUUCUAUAAUGAGUCUUGGUUAUAACGGAUCAUUUAAAAUUGAUCUAUCUGUAAAUUAUAUAUUUUAAAUAGAUUAUUGCAUUAACUUCAACUUAAGUAACUUUGGGUAUUAAUAGUGAUAUUUCAAAUUUAAUUCAUCUUGGCUAUUAAAUAAUUUUGACUACUGAAGAAGUUUUUCCUUAUAUAAAUGAAAGAGCAGCCACAAGUGGUUAUACAAGUGAGCUUUUUACUCUUGAUCCUAAUAAUUAUUUUAUGACAACUUAUAAGAGAAUUCAAACUAAUAAUGGAAAUUCAUUUAGGUUCUAAUUAGAUAAAACUCAAAUUUUACCUACGGUUUCUUAUCAAAGUUCUACAUGUAACAAAUUUAAAUUUAACAAAAGGGUCUAGUAGUUCUUAUCCUUCAAACACAAUUACUAGAUUAAUCUAUAAAUCACCUCAAGAUUAAUUUUUUCUGGCAAUGGAAUGUUUUACAGUAAGAAUUAGCAAAUUAUUUGAUAAAUAAUCAGAUUUAAAACCAGCUUUUGAAAUGAAAAUUUUUGAGAUCAAUAAAGUUUAUAAUUCAGUUGGAUCAGAAUCUAUAAUUCUUAAUGAAUCAACUUAAUUAUUAAAUAUCCAUGUUUAUUAUAAAUGCCCAUCUAACAAUAAAAAAGUACACAGUCAAUUGAAUAAAUGUAAUAGUUGUAGCGGAACUAAUAAGAUUUAUAACUUAAACCAUUAUUGUCAUGGAUCAAUCAAUUCAAUUAAUAUCUAUGCUUAAUACAAUGCCUAAGCAAAUUACAAAGAAAUAUUAAUAACUAUAACGAGUAAUAGUAUAUUAAUAGUUUAAAAAUUAAGAAAUAAAAUUAUCACAAAUUAAAAUAUAUUAAAAGUAGACUUUUUAGAUUAAUGA